UCUGUGGCGCAUUUACCUUACGUAAAAUUUCUCCCAUUACUCUCAUUUUGACGGGGUAUAGAGCCGACAUUUCUCUGUAUAACAACUGGGCAGUGAUUCGCCGCGAUGUGGCUGACGAGCAUAGCAGUGGUCGUGGCAGUGACUUGGGUGCUGACGUAUAGCCCGGAGGCCCACGCUGCCACUCUAGAUUUGAACCCGCCGGGAGAGGAACCGCACGAAUAUGGCGUAAACAGGCAUCGGAGAGCACUGGCGUCUGAUACUUUCGCAUCACCUGGGAACAUAGUAUACAGCGUGGUCAGCUUCAUCAUGGCCGGGUCGCUCCUCUUCGUCAACCUCUUCGACCCCUUCCGCCUCGCCGUCAUCCGCUUCUUCGACGCCGCCUUCGGGCCGAGAACGGAGAGACGACGGAAACAUCGCCAGGUUAUUGCCAACAGGGGCUUCCGAAAGACGGAAGAACUGAUGUCGGACGUGAUGCGAAAGUAUCAGACGCCAGUGCUCUCGAUGCCUGUUUACGCCAUAUUCGUGCUGUCCUCUCCCGGCUGGUUAGAUCUUAUGGAAAAUUAG